AUGAAGAGCGACUGGUCGAUGGGACAGGAGGUUCUUCUGAGGCUGCUGCCAGUGGUCAAAGCCUCCAGCAAAGCUCUACUGAGCAGCUGUUCCCUCUCAGAUGAAGGAUGUUCAGCUCUGUCCUCAGCUCUCAGCUCUCCGUCCUCCAGACUGAAGGACCUGGACCUGAGAAUCCAGGACUCAGGACUGAAGGAGCUGUGUGAUGGACUGGAAAACUGGAAACUGGAAACUCUCAGACUGAGUGGAUGUAUCAUCUCAGAUGAAGGAUGUUCAGCUCUGUCCUCAGUUCUCAGCUCCCAGUCCUCCAGGCUGAUAAAACUGGACCUGAGUAUCGAAGCCUCAGGACUGAAACAUCUGUCUGCUGGACUGCAAAGUCCAAACUGUAAACUGGAAACUCUCAGACUGAGUGGAUGUAUCAUCUCAGAUGAAGGAUGUUCAGCUCUGUCCUCAGUUCUCAGCUCCCAGUCCUCCAGGCUGAUAAAACUGGACCUGAGUAUCGAAGCCUCAGGACUGAAACAUCUGUCUGCUGGACUGCAAAGUCCAAACUGUAAACUGGAAACUCUCAGACUGAGUGGAUGUAUCAUCUCAGAUGAAGGAUGUUCAGCUCUGUCCUCAGUUCUCAGCUCCCAGUCCUCCAGGCUGAUAAAACUGGACCUGAGUAUCGAAGCCUCAGGAAUGAAACACCUGUCUGUUGGACUGCAAAGUCCAAACUGUAAACUGGAAACUCUCAGGCUGAGUGUGUGUGGUUUCCUGCAGGACUCAGGACUGAAGAAGCUGUGUGAUGGACUGAAGAGUCCAAACUACAAACUGGAAACUCUCAGGUCAGAAAUCAUCAAAUUCAUAUAUAAUGUUAAAGGGAUAGAAUAUUUAUUUCUCCAAAAGGAAGGCAGGUAG